AUGGGUGAAAGUGAGAUUCGUAAUGUUUGGAAACACAAUUUAGAAGAAGAAAUUAAUGCUUUAUCCAAUGCUUUGAAGACUUAUACUUACGUGUCUAUGGAUACUGAAUUUCCUGGGGUUAUAGCUAAGCCAGUUGGAUCCUUUUCCUGUACUUCUCUUUAUACUUAUAACCAGUUGCGAUGUAAUAUAAGUCUUUUGGGUUUGAUUCAACUAGGUGUAUCAUUAUCAGAUGAAAAGGGCGACCGACCAACUCCAUCUACUUGGCAGUUUAACUUCUACUUCAACCGUGAUCAGAACAUGUCUGCUCAGGAAUCAAUGCAUAUUCUGGAACAGGCUGAGAUUGAUUUUGAUAAGCUUAAAAAAGAUGGUAUUCCUAUUGAAGUCUUUGCUGACUUCUUUACUACUUCAGGACUUCUAAUGAACGCUGAUUUAACUUGGAUUUCUUUCCAUUCUUCUUAUGAUUUUGGUUAUCUUAUCAGUGCUAUUUCCGGCAAGGACUUACCCAAUACCCCCGAUGAGUUCUUUAGUCUACUAGUUAAGAUCUUCCCUAGUUUCUAUGAUAUCAAGUACCUCAUUAAUGCUUUAGGUAUCAAGGGUGGACUACAAGAUCUGGCCGCUGAUCUUAAGAUAGAAAGAACGGGAGUGCAACACCAGGCUGGAAGUGAUGCCCUACUUACACUGCAGGUCUUCCAUGCCUUCAAGAAACAAAUAGCCCCCGAUGUAGAGAGCAAUCAAAAGUACCGCUGCCGCUUAUUUGGCAUUGAAGCUAACUAA